AUAAUUAUUCUGAGAACAUACAUAAACUAUUUAUUAAUUUACUCUAUUCUUGUAUUGCAUUUCUAAUUGACAUAAAUAAAAUAUAUGUUUUAAAUAUGAACGAGUGGAAUUGUUGCAGAACAUGUUUGAAUUCAGAAUCAUUGAACCCCAUAUUUCAAUUUCCGAAUAUCAGCACUGAAUAUACCAAUGUAUUAUUUAUGGUUACCGGACUAAAGAUUGAAAUUAAUGAUGGUAUGCCCCAACAACUCUGUACCAAAUGUGUGGACUUCAUAAAUCAAUAUUUGGACUUCAGAGACACUUCCCAACAAGCUCAUAAAACUCUAUCCGAGAAAUUAAGCUGUACCAAUAAUGAUGUAACUAUUGACAAAGAAAACAACAUAAGUGUUACAUGUGUGAAAGUGGAGGUUGUAUCCGAAGAUGGUAGUUCCAAUGAUAUGCUGGACUCAGAUAGAUUAAGUUGUAAUAAAAAAGUAGAUGGCGAAAUGGAUAGCAUGGAAUAUAUAACAACAGUUGAAGAAUUAUUAAAGCAGAGGAAACAACUUGUGUUUGAGAAUAUUACAUAUAAAAAAACAUACAGUAAUAAUAUGAAAAAUGAACCUAUAAUUAUUGAGGUACCUCCAGAAGAUAGCAAAGAAGAGAAUAUAUCACAAGGUAGAAUAGAGGACAAAACAGCAGACAAUUGUCUGGUGGAAUGCAAAUAUUGCCAUAAACAGUUUAAAAACAAAGUAUCCAUGUUCAAUCAUUACAAGACUCAUAAUGGAUUGAAAUAUGUGUGUGAGCACUGCGGCCGGAAGUUCAUGACGAGACGCCGCCUGGUGAUGCACUGCAAAGCGAAGCACGGCUACGAGAAGACCGACAAGUGCUCCUAUUGCGAGUACCGGGGUUCCAAUCCCGAGCUGGUCAAGAUCCACGAGAGGAUUCACACUGGGGAGAAACCUUUCGUGUGCUCCACGUGCGGGAGCGGGUUCCACAGACGCAGCACCUACCUGCAGCACAUCGCCAUCCACCUACCACACAAGACAGUACCCUGCGACGAAUGUCCGGCUCUGUUCAAGUCGGUGACUCUAAUGAGAAUACACAAGAACAGACAUAAAGUGAGACGCAAGAAACGGGAGAUGAGAGAGAAGAGUGCGUCAUCCUCGGGCACGCAUCAUACCAGCCAGCCGAUUUGAAGAUGUGUUGUUUAUUUGGAUUUAUACUAUCAAAUUGUGGAAUGAACUGCCGAGUUUUUCUCGAGAGACUGCAUGAAAUCUAACCAAGUCAGAGUUUGGCUAUUAUAUAUUGUCCUACAUAAGUUAUAAGAAAAUAUAUUUUAUGUUGUUAUAAAUAAAUUUCACGAAUAACCAUUGAACUUGGCAUCCAUUUAGAUCUCACUUCUUUUGUCGUUGAAAUCAACAACCAAGGCAUCUAUACAUAUAAAUAAAAUUGGAGUGUCCGUUUGUAAUAUUGAAAUAACCGUUUUUUACUACAUGCAUAUGAAUAUAAAUACGGUACAUACACCAGAAUAACAUUUUUUACAAUAUUUGUCCGUCUUAUCUGUUCGUUCCGGCUAAUCUCUGAAAUGGCUGGACCGAUUUUGACGGGACUUUUUUUGGCAGGUAGCUGAUGUAAUAAGGUUGCCAACGAUGUAGCGUAUGCAUUUGACAUGCCCAUAUUUCUUUGAGUAUAUUUGAAUUUAAUAUGGCAUCUGUUAGAUUCAUUUGUAUUGUUACGGUAACGAUAGCAGAGGUAGAAAUAUUACAUUUAUUUUAGAAAAAUUCUCAAACUUUUUUGUAUAAUUCCACACGGACGAAGUCGCGAGUACAGCUAGUAUAUCAUAAUAUAUAACUUGGCUCUCAUUUCACAUUUUGUUUUGAUGGGAUUUAAAAGGUAUAAGUGAACAGACAGCGUCUAUUUUCUUGUAUACUAA